AUGUUCCUACAAAAGUUGCUGGAUCCGGAAGAUGAACAGCGGCGCCGUGUUCGACGUGCUCGGAUCGUGCGCCGCAACCGCAUCAAGCGAGAGGUUGGCAAAGGUUUACCCAUUCGAAAGCCACGAGUACCUCGAGCUGGUGACUAUGCACUCAACUUGGACAGCGAAGCGGACACCGCUGAAUGGAAUGAACCCAAGUCGCCGUUCCGACCCACGUUCGGUGGCAAUUCGGACGAACAGCAAGCAGCACUGAAUCCAUUUCAUGAUGCGCCUCUGCAAGCCACAAAGACAUCGUUUUCUUCUACAAGUAGCAGGCCAUUCGUACCAAGACCGUCCGAUACAGUUGUGCCCUCAACUCUGUCAGUACCGGUGCCCUCUAAAUUGAUUUCGUCACGAGUCAAAGCUAAGUGGCAAAAUGUUUAUCAGCAAAUUGUUUUUAACCGCCACGAAGAAAUUUUGGCAAAAGAUCCGAAUCGAAAGUGGCGCCAGGAACGUUUUGGUUUGUUGCUUUUUGCAAAAGGUGAAUAUGCUCGAGCUAGUGAACAUUUGAGUACAGCCGUCAGUCUUGGAGCUACUUCCAGCCUCUGCUGGCGACGACUUGCAGAGAGCUACUACCACAUGUGGGAAGACGGUGGAGAGUGGGAAACUCUGUGGGCCUGUCGUGCCGCAUACGAACAAGCUCUCACUCACGUGGCAGUUGCUGGCAGUCCACUCGCGCUGUUCGCGUACGCCAAAGUGCUGGAAUGUUUGGGCAACUUCUCUGGUGCAUUGACCAUCUGCACGUCAAUAAUCCAGACUUUCCCCAACUUCGAAGAGCUACGAGAAGUCAAACUUCGCUUCGUUCUGCUUCAACGGUAUCAACUCUUUUCGUCGUCUACUGAUCCUGUCAUGAAGCUCUCAGUAUUAACCAAAUGCAUCGGAUACACACAAGAACUUCUGCUGGAUCAAGUCAUCACCGAGGGCUCGCGGUAUCUCAACGUCAUGUACUUGCACACACGGUUAAGCGAAAUGCUGGAAGAGCUUUCGACUCCAUCGCCUGCAAUACCGAAACAAGCUCACGUCAAUGUUGAUAUUCUGUUCCAAGAGCUCUACAAACUGGCACUGAAAACCUCUGACGUUGCUCCUCCACCUGGUACGAAGUGGAAGGCUUGGAAGCGCCAUAGUGACACGUAUACAGCAUUCGCAGAGUAUUUCCGAGCUCAGGGUGACAGCGUUCUCGCAUCUGACGCGUUGUCUCGCGCUCUUGAGCUGGUAGAAGAAAGUGACAGCUCUCAGAAGACGACUCAUCACUUGACGGAGGAGCAGCGACAAAAGCGUGUUGCGUUAUACGUAGUACUAGCACGCAACUACUACCAGUGCAACCAGAUGGAGAAGGCCAUUCGAGCCAUGGAGGCGGUGUUUGGUCUUGAUCCUCUACAUGCUGAAGCUCGUGCUAGUCUCGUGGAAUGGUUCCCUACAAAAUGGCAAUACCGACUCGAGCUGGAGGAUGCCAGCCAGGUGCAAAUUGCUCGAGUUCUUCGCGGUAUUUGGGGUCGCAAGAUUGCUCUAACACGUCGUCGGGAGGCCCAGCGGAUAGCCGAGCGUCGGUAUCGUGAUAAUCCUUAUCAUCCUGGCACUCGACGGCUGGUUCUUCGUCUGCUGCGAGACAAAUACGCGUCGCUGUUUGCAGCUCAGGAGAUGGCAGCUCGAUGCAUUCAGCGUCGAGCCUAUCGUUAUCUCCACUAUGCGCGAGUGCGAUGGAAAGUCGAAGACCAGCGAGAAAAAACUCUCCACGCUCUUAAAAGCAAGCACCAGACACGGAAGUAUCGAUACAAUCGCCAAGUGCGCAGCCAACUGGCAGCUUUACUGCCGAAUGAGUACGAGUAUCGCUUCUUUCGCGAGGAUUGUGCUGCUCUGCGUAUACAGGACGCAGCGCAACGCAUUCAACACUUUCUACGUCGAUAUUGUUGCCCAGCCAAGUCUUCUCCCCCUGUAGACGAUCUUCUCUUCCGUGCGCAACAGAAACUCGUUCGUGACAAGGAACGUCUGGCUGCGAUGCUUGGGCGUCUGCACCGUCGCUGGAAACGUGCUAAAUCACGAAAAGAAUCCGUGCUGCUGUUUGCGCUCCAAGCCGAAGCCACCGAACAGCGUCGGAUUAUUGUCGAGAACGCCAGUGCUACCAAGAUCCAGCGCUUGUGGCGUUGGUACACUGCUGGUCAGGCACUAGAAGACCGGACUAGCAGUCAAGCGCAAGUAUUCCUUGUCGAGCAUUUAUUCUCCGCACAGAGACGUCAGAUCACCUUUGAGGUCGAUCUCAACCACGCAGCUCGCCAGAUUCAGGCGGUAUAUCGAGGUAAACGCAUGCGCAGGUUUCUCCAGAUCUUGCGAACUCGACUCCCAGCUCCACCAUGCGUCAGUCCAGUCGCCACGUUGAUCGGUAACUGUGAAGCGAAUCAUCGGAAAGGAACAGAGACGAUGGCAACGCUGCACUCGAUCGACAGUCUGGACGAGAAACGCUCGCUGUUCGAUCACCCAGUCCUCGUUCUUCGCGGUGCUCGUGUACUGUCUCGACCUGAUUCUCCCUCGUCCAGUGAACGCUUCCCUUUACAGCACGUGGUUUCUGCGAUCCAGUACAGCUCUGUAUUGAAGUCUCUGAUCUGUGCAAGUGGCGACUUCGAAGGAGAUCGAAUACUGAAGAUCCUCCACGCGCUUCAGAGUAGAAGAACCUUGAGAAUCCUGGCCUUGGGCGGCAUCAGCGUCGAGGAGAAAGGACCCUCUAAUCAAGAUUCAGACGCGACGAAUUGUCAGAAUGUAAACGAAAGAAAAACCGGUACGACAUCUUCCCCUCUCGGUCAACUGGUAGUUGUGCAGUCGCCACUAGUGCCGUACCAAAAGAGUCCACUUAGUCCCAUGCAGCUUCUCUCCAAGGCUUUGUGUACAUCCAAUUUCCUACUGGAAGAGCUGUAUCUGGAACGCAAUGAGCUGCUUCGAACGCCUCAAGAAGGCGCCAUCGUAGCUGGGGUAGUAGCCGACUACUUCUUCGCGAGAUAUGGUCACCUCCACACGCUGGUUAUCGCCCACAUGCAUCUUUCAGACGCCAACGGUGCACUCCUCGGCGCUGCUCUGGUCAUCAACACGGUACUGCAGAAACUGGAUCUUCAUGGCAAUUUACUGUACGACGGAGCUGCCAUCGCAAUCGCCAACGACGGACUCGCCUUCAACGAGACAUUGCGAUACUUGAACUUGGCUGAGAACCGAAUUGGCAGUUCUGGAGGCAAAGCUCUGUUCAGGUGCUUGAACGCCAGUAAUCGAGCACUCCAAACGCUCAUUCUGAACAAUAAUUACCUGAUGAACGAUGUUGUACCCAUCUUGGCUGAGACGUGGCAAGUGAACGCGGUGAUUGAGAGCGUUGAACUCGCUGGCAACCUCAUCCACGAUCGUUGUGUAGCUGAGAUCCAAUCUGCUGUUGCUGAACGUCGUGAAGUUGCACCAUCGACCGACAAUCACGAGUUGCGUCUCCUGUUAGCCCGAAAGCGGUUCGGUGCCCACGAUACUCGUUCUCCAUUUAGUCGACGAGGAAUCAACUUCUCCACUCCCUUCACUUCCCCUGGGAAGAAUAAAAACAAGAAGACGAAUACGCCUUUGUCUCCGAAGAAGUGGCUGAGUACCAACACGCCCAAGAUCAGCUCGCCAAUCGCCUUCCCAACGUCGACGAACAGACAAGCGAACGAGGUGUUAACUACGACUGUAGAAAGUGGCUACACAUCUACUGUUCGACCACUUAAAUAUAUGAAGGGGACUCCUAUGUCACCUGCUCGAUUGGCGGCGCUAUCGAAACUUCCAGCAUUACCGGAAAAGAAGCGACUGGCCUGGCCGCUGAUGCCGCGCCAUCCGCCAGCACCCACCAGCCCACACCCACCAGCAGCCCCGAGACGUAGCUGCCCGCCUUGCCUGGAUCCACACCCAUCGUUGAAGUCGAAGUACUAUUCUGACAAGCUCGGCAAGCACCCUCGCUCUAAUGACAUCAUGACACCUUCAGCAAUCUAUAUUUCAAUCAUUCCAACAAAGAUGGAGCUUUCUCGAGCUGAGAGCGCGCUGCGGACGCUCAAGAACCGCCCCAAGGUGCCGCAACCCGCGGUCGACACGGCGCUUGCUGUCCUUGAGUUGAUCUGCCCCUCCAAGAUCUUGUCGGAGUCGCCCACACAGACGUCUGACGUCGCUCCGUCAGCUGAUGAGGAGACAAAACGCGAGCAGCUUCAGGAAGAGCUCCAGACGCUUUUACUGCACGGAAAAGAGCGUUGGGAGCCCGUCGCCGUGUUCCUCGUGGUCGUACGCGAUCUUCUGAGUCGCUAUCUUGAUCUAUCGGACCUGGACGCCAACACAGACUUCAGUGUGCCCUCUCCUGACCUCCCGCUCUAUGUCUCGAGCAUCGCGCCGCUAUCCGACGUCUUCGUGACGCAGACAGUCAAGCAAGCCGUCCACCAACACAUGGAGUACUACGAGCCUCGAGUGCGCAUGGCAGUGGCCAAACUACUGGGCGUCUUGGCCAAAUGGGACUUGCAUUGGGUCACUCAAGAGUUCACGCCCCAGAUCGUCGACUCGGUCGUGUCAAACCUCAGUCGCUCGCCUGAUUUCGAGGAAACAGGCUUCGACGAGCUGGACGACAACGUCAGUAACAACGGGAUGAUCACCCCGCCUCAGAGUCCCGAGGGAACGCCUCGAACCCCGUCCACUCCCUACAGACUGGACGAUGUGAGUGGCUGGAAGGCGCUGGAGAGCUCAUUAUGUGCGUUGAAAUACAUCAUCAAGGGCAGUGGCGUGGAGUUCCUAAAGGAGCAGACGACAGGAGACGGAGACGAGGCAUUCGUCUACUUAACGCCGCAGAUUCUGGAGCUGGUGGCGACCAAGAGCUGCUUCCACAUCAAUCGCCACGUGCGCGUCGUGGGCUUGGACACCAUCACGGUACUGUCGGACAUUGCCCCUGUGGGGUUCCUGGAAGCCCAUCAAACAGCAGUAGGCGACACUCUGAACAAGUGUAUCAAGCGUGGAAUGGAGGACAACUGGUGCCAGGUGCGCUACGCGGCGUCCAUCUCUGCUCGUUCCUUCUUGCUGAAGCUGCAGGAGCAAGGACGUGCAGCUUAUCUGCCUAUUCUCCUGCCCCGACUCUGUCUCAACCGCUACUACAUUGCGGAACGCGUGCAGAAAUACUCGCAGGAGUCGUGGAGGAUGAUCGUGGGCGAGCAAGGACGCGAACUGGUGGCCAAAUACGCCACCGAGAUCGUCGACUAUUACGUGGAGAUGACGAGUCAUUGCGUGCGAGAAUCAGCCUGCCAGUGCAUCGCUGAGCUCGGGAUGAAGGUCGAUCCGACUGCUAUCCGCCCGCACGUCGGCCGGCUGAUGCAAGCGCUGCUCAUUUGCUUCUACGACGUGUCCAACUUGGUGCGUGACGCUGCGUGUCUGGCUUCAGCACAGCUGGUUCGUGGCUUCCCGGACGAGUGUCGGCCGUUCCUGGACGAGCUGUAUCAUCUGUGGAUCGACCACCUCUCGGACGACAUUUGGUCGGUACGGGAAGACGCCGCGAUCGCUCUGGGGAAUGUGAUCCGUGCGUACGGCCAAGAAGCGCUGGAUCGCGUCGUCAAAGUCACGGAGGAAUACCUGCCUCUCGCCAAGAAACAGCCAGCCAUGACGCAGCAGGAAUACGACGAAAUCAUGCGCUCGGAGAAGAAACAUUUGAGUAAACAGGCCUUCUCGUGCUGUUCGCUGGAGCCCAAGCUGUUCGAGCGUCAUGAACAUCGCGACAAGGAGCCGUGGGAGCACACGGACGGCGCGAUCUACAUGGUGCGCGAGCUGUGUGCUGUGGCUCCCGACGUGGCUGUCACGUACCUCCCGCAAGUGGCCGACGUUGCGAUCCUGCGUCAUUUCCCUCAGACUGCAGUCUUGCAGGAGACGAUCUGGAAGCAGCUGCCGCUCAUGUGCGAGGCGCUGGGCAAGAAGGUGUUCAAGCGCUACCUCGAGCUCUUCUUCGACCCGCUGGUCUUCACGCUGCAAGGCACCAACCGCCUCGCUAAGUUCGCAGCUCGCGACUGUGUGGCGCAGAUCAGCAAGCAGAUCGGACCCAGCAUUUUCCUCGGUCGUCUGGAUGCGAACCCCACGUGGAAAGAGGCGCUGGGUCCUGUGGUUCCAGUGCAGUCCUACAUGAUCAACGUCUCGAUCGCCAGCGCGAGUCGCGUCCGCGAGGGAAUUCUGGUCGCUCUGGGACGUCAUUGCAGUGGAAACCAGGACGUGUCCAGUCAAUCGACGCGAUCGUGGCUGACCGCGUGCUUUGACCGAUAUGACAAGAACAGCUCUGGCUUCGUAUCGUGCGAUGCAGUGCUCAACGUCGUCGCAGAACUUCCACUAUUCCGGAUUCAGGACUGGUCUGCGGAUGAAGUUUCCCAAUUCUGCUCCUUCUUCUUUCGAGGCGAAGAAGUCGAGCGAAACUUCGACUAUCGACUGUUUCUAGACUACCUCUUCUUCCCGGUUUGCCAGCACACGCCUCGGAUUAAAUUGAAGAAACAGAUUGCUGUCGAUGAUAUUUUCAUCAUUCAUGAAGGAAAUUAUCUGUUAUCAACAGAAGACUCAGAAGAACGUCCAUGCAACUAUGAGUCAGUAAUAAUUAAACAACUCGAUUUGAAGAAGUUUGCUGCUGGAACGGAGGAGCGCGUGGCUCAACUGCGACGUCGAGUGAACGAGUUGCGGCUGCUCAGUCAUCCGAAUCUGACCACCUUUCAGACCACAGUACAGAACGGAAGUUCGCUGUACGUGAUUCAGGAACACCACCAGAUCUGCACGUUGAAGACGAUUCUGGAGUCGUUUGGUCCGAUGAAGGAGCCCACAAUUCGUCGCUAUCUUCUGCAGAUCCUUCAGGCGCUGACGUUUCUACAUGAUCAUGGCGUACAACACGGGAACCUGACGAUGCAAACAGCUCAAAUCGACAGCUACGGUCUUCUCAAACUUACAGAUUUCGGGAUUCGACGCCAUUUGCUUUCUCUAUCCUCCUACUCUGAGUCUGAAGAGGACGAAGAGAAAAGGAAAACGUUGGUGGGUACCUAA